AUGCAUGGUCUGAUUCGGAUCGUGGCCCAAGUUCUUCCCGGACGCGAAGCCCAGUCCCGUUCCCCACCCCCCGAAACCUCCUCCACCGCUGGAUGGUCAUUUGCUCCGACACUAGAUGUUGAAGCGGACAAGGGUUCGAACUCCCUCGCGAUCGUCCCCGUACCGGAUCACGAAAACCACCAGGCUCUGGUGGUUCAAACGCUCGACCAGGACGACCAGGGACUUGACCGGUAUGUCUUAAAACGGACUCGAAUGAUCUACGACUCUCUCCUGAUUCAUCUCACUGUGGAGGGACCUAAACCCAGCAGAGCCGUCAAUGUCAAGGCUUGGAGGCUGAUGAAAGAACGUGAGUUGUGGCUGAACAAGGGCCAACACUUGGUAGGUUCAGUCCCCGGGGUUGAGAUCGGGGACAUAUUCUUUUACCGUAUGGAGCUUUGCAUGUUCGGCUUCCACCGCCAGUCACAAGCCGGAAUUGACUAUACAACGGCUCAGCGAAGCUCCUUUGGCGUGCCUAUAGCAACCAGCAUCAUCGUAUCGGGUGGCUACGAGGACGAUGAAGACAGAGGAGAUGAACUGGUUUGUUCGGGCCAGGGUGGUCGGGACAAAUCCGGGCAGCAACGUCACCAGAAGCUAGAAGGUGGGAAUCUUGCUAUGGUACACAGCAUGCAACACGGUGUCGCGGUACGCGUCAUUCGCGGGUUAGAGUACAAAAACGAAGUCCGCUCGAAGGUGUUCGUGUACGAUGGCCUGUACAGGAUCAUAGAUUGCAGCCUUGUUAGAAAGUCAGGGUUUGAUAUCUUCAAGUUUACACUUGUUAGAAUACAAGGACAGCCCGAGAUGGGGAGUGCAAGACUGAAGCGUGCGCUAACACUUAGAAAUACACCAUUGGUUGCGAUGCCUGCUGGGUAUAUAAGUUUUAACCUUUAUGGUAAAAACGAGGGUGUCCCGGUGUAUCUGUAUAAUGGCAUUGACUAUGACCGCUCACCGCUGAACUAUGGCUACAUCUCGCAAUCUGACAUUAGUAGUGUGAUUUCUGCUCAAGGAGGGAACAACGGUGGAUGCGAUUGUCAACUCUCAUGCACUGAUGAUUGUAUAUGCGUAAGGAAAAAUGGUGGUGAGCUUCCUUGCAGCCCUUAUGGAUAUUUGUUGAGAGGGAAACCCGUUAUUUUCGAAUGCGGGGUUACUUGCAAGUGCACUUCUGGUUGCGCGAACCGUAUCGCCCAAAGGGGGUUGAGGAAGAAGAUGGAGGUUUUCCGAACCAGGGAAGCUGGUUGGGGUGUUAGGUCGCUGGAUUUGAUUCACGCGGGCGAGUUUAUCUGUGAGUAUGCUGGUAUUAUGGUCACAAAAGAGCAAGGGGAGAUUAUGUCGAUGAACGGGGAUAGUCUGGUCUAUCCGGGACGGUUUGCUGCAAACUGGAAGUUGUGGGGUGAUUUAUCUGAUGUUUACCCGGGUAAUGUCCCGCCAAGUUAUCCUACUAUUCCGCCAAUUGAUUAUGCAAUUGACGUGUCGAGGCUGAGAAGAAUUGUGGGGUGA